GCCUCCGAGCAGCCUGUCCCAGACCUCCACGGUUAAAAUGGCGAAAUCAAAAAGUGCAAUUACCAUUAAUAAAAAUAUUAAAAGCAAAUACUUUAAAAAAACAAAAAACGACAAGACAACACGAGUUGGCAAAACAGCUAAAAUAAGGACCAGGUCUUGGAAAAAACAAACAGUAAAAAGUUUGCCAAAUCCUGGUAAUUUGGGUACUAGCAAUUCAAACAAGUCAAUUCUUGUUAAUCCCCUCGAGUUUAAGAGAUUGAGCUUUGAUUUCUUUGACUCUUCAACUGAAAAGUUGGCGAUCGACUUGCUGGGUAAAGUUUUGUGCAGAAAAACGAAGCAGGGUGAAAUCUUAUGUGGAAUAAUUGUAGAAACAGAAGCUUAUUUGGGAAUUAAUGAUGCAGCAUGUCACUCAUACGGGGGGAGACGAACCUCACGAAAUGCUCCAAUGUACAAACCCCCCGGAACAUCGUAUGUGUACUUCAUAUAUGGAAUGUAUUAUUGUUUUAACAUCUCGAGUGCUGACGAAGGAGCUUGUGUUUUGAUUAGAGCUUUGGAACCAUUGUGUGGUAUGGAACAAAUGAAAAACUUUCGAAAUGCGAAUCGUAAAGGAAAAGCAAAGGUCUUUAAAGACUAUGAACUUGCCAACGGUCCAUCUAAACUGUGUUCUGCUUUCGAUAUUACCAAGAAUGAGUUAAAUAACAUUGAUAUGACGACAUCAGAGAAUUUUUGGAUCGCAAAUAUGAAAACAAAUCAAUUGUCAGUGGUCAAGACAACAAGAAUUGGUAUUGAAUCUUAUGGCAAAGAUGCAGCAGAGAAAAAGUAUAGAUUUUACAUAUAUGGAAAUAAAAAUGUCAGUGUAAGGGACAAAGAGAUUGAGGCAAAUUUACUGGCUAUCCACUGCUAAAUCUAGAGAAGGUCAAAAUACUUUAUAUUGAAUUUUUUCACAUCAAAGUACCUAAACAACACUGUUGUUGGUUAAAAACUUCUAAACAAUAUUUAAGUACUAAAAUGUUAUAAGUAGGAUUAAAUGUAAAGUGCUGUGAAUUGCAAAUAUAGUAAAGUAAUGUAUUCUUAUGAAUGCUGGAUCUUAAACUCAUUUAUUAAUCAAUGAAAUAUGUAUAAAGAAUGUGAAUCAUUUUAACUAGUA